CGAGUUAGUCAUUGUAGAUUUAAAAAAAAAAAAAAAAAAAACCCUGGAUAAUUGAUGGCUCUCCGCAAGAGGUUCUGAGUGUUGAUGAUUAAUCCAAGUAAGAGGGAGAAAGAGUGUAGGCAUAUAGGGCACAGGCUAUGACAUGGUGCCAUGAUAAUGGUUCUUUGUGUUUAUGUUUGUGAAUAGAGCGGCUGAAGGUUUAGAAUGACGUUGGUGCUACCCACACCAUGUCAGUGACGGCUGUGCACAGUGAGGCGGGAUGAAGAGGUGGAAUUGAAAUAUGAAGAAAGAAAGGCAAAGGUUCAUUAGGGCAGCCAUGCUACUACCCUCAUCACUACUCCUCCUCCUCGGCCUCCUCACCUGGAGUCCCAGUGCAUCAUGCUCUAAAGUAAUUGUGGUCCCACCCAUCAUGUUUGAAUCACACCUCUACAUCUUCAAGACUCUGGCCACAGCUUUGCACCAGGAGGGCCAUGAGAGCCAUUUUCUAAUUUCAGAGGGUCGUGAGGUGCCCCCCUCUCCUCACUACCACCUACAACGCUAUCCAGGGAUCUUUAACAGCAGCACGGCUGACAGUUUCCUCCAGUCCAAAGUCAGCAACAUCUUCUCAGGCCGCCUGACAUUUCUGGAACUGUUUGACAUUCUUGACCACUACUCUCAGAACUGUGAUGCUGUUGUAGGCAAUGUCGAGGUAAUGACCCGCCUCAAGGAGGCCAAGUUUGACCUGCUGCUGGUGGAUCCUAAUGAGAUGUGUGGUUUUGUAAUAGCUCAUAUCCUGGGCGUGCAAUAUGCCGUCUUCAGCACAGGUCUGUGGUAUCCUGCUGAGGUUGGUGCCCCAGCCCCGCUAUCUUAUGUACCUGAAUUCAACUCACUGCUGACAGACCACAUGUCUCUGGUCCAGAGGAUCACAAACACUGCUGUUUACCUGGUGCAGCGCUUUGGAGUCCAUUAUAUUGCAUUGCCCAAGUAUGACCGGAUUAUGAAGAAACAUGGAGUGAAGCCUCAAGUGGCCAUGGCUGACCUGGUGCAAGGCAGCCGGCUGUGGAUGCUGUGCACUGACAUGGCUCUGGAGUUCCCCAGGCCCACCCUGCCACAUGUGGUGUACAUAGGAGGCAUCCUCACCAAGCCCCCCAACCCUCUGCCACAGGAUUUUGAGGCGUGGGUGAAUGACACAGCGGAGCAUGGCUUUGUGGUUGUGUCGUUCGGAGCUGGGGUCAAGUACCUUUCCCAUGACAUUGCUCACAAACUGGCAGGAGCCCUCGCCAGGCUGCCCCAGCGUGUCGUCUGGAGAUUCUCUGGAGUUCCACCCAGUAACCUUGGCAACAACACCAAGCUUGUUGACUGGAUGCCUCAGAAUGACUUAUUAGGCCAUGCCAACACUAGGGCCUUCCUGAGCCACGGCGGCCUGAACAGCAUCUACGAGGCCAUGUAUCAUGGCGUGCCGGUGGUAGGUGUGCCCCUGUUCGGAGACCACUAUGACACCAUGACUCGUGUGGCAGCCAAAGGUAUGGGCAUCAUGAUACACUGGAAGUACAUGACCGAGGAAGACCUCUACACAGCCCUGACCAGCGUCAUCAAAGACAGCAGGUACCGCCAGCAAGCACGUCUUCUCUCCAACAUUCACAAAGACCAGCCGGGCCACCCUGUGACCAGAGCUGCCUACUGGGUCAGCUACAUCCUCCGUCACCACGGUGCCAACCACCUGCGCUCCGCCGUAUACCAGGUUUCCCCCUACCAGUACUUCCUGCUGGAUGUGAUCGUCACUGUGGGAGCUGCCUUGGCUCUGACCUUCUUCGCCCUGCGCCGGUUGGUACGAUUGCUGAGGGGGAAGAAGGUUGGGGACCAGAGCAGGGGAGGUGGUAACACUAGGGAUGAUGGUAACAUGGCCAAUGGACAUUGCCAUAAUGAAAGCAUGGCCAACGGGAAACACAAACGGAAUGGCUCCUUGAAAAACGAGAAGAAGAUGAAUUAAUGUUUUGAACGGCCAAGAGGGACGAGGAAGAAGUUGCCCCAAGGACUCAGCUCUAGGUUUCGGAGAGCUUGAAGAGAAAGCUGUUCUUAGGUCUGUGUCGAGAGGCAACUGCAACUCGGAGCGAGCAAGAGGCUGUAGGAGAAUACACAAUGCAUCGUGUAAGGACAGAGCAAGGCAUCGGGUGCUCAAAAUCUGUGUGUUUGUGUGUGUGCGUGUGUGUGCGUGUGUGUGGAUGUGUGUGGGUGUAUGUGUGCACUGAGGCGAAUUUAACGAAAACUCUUAACAGCAGCAGCAGCUACAGCAACACAACACCAAAUCGGAAAGUCAUUGAGGAUGAAACACAGGAAAGACACAUUGGAGGACAUUGUUUCUUACUCGUACAUCUUCUCCCUCGCAUGUUCUCUGUUGUCUUCCUGCCUUCCCUACCAUUGGAAGGAUGAUGAAUAGGGGAAAUCCUGAGCGCCAACUCCUCAUCCUCAGAACAAAGCAAGAAAACAAACAGAUAACUUUUGAAAAUAUUUAGGAUUUAAUGUUUUUAACUCCAAACUCUUGCUUCAAAGUGUGUCCAGUAAACUGUAAAUAGAGGACAAAUCUAUUUAUUACUGUACAAAAGCAUUUUAAUUAUGGAUCUUUUUUCUUAUUUUAAUGUGUCAGUGGUGUGAUAGCAUGAUGGUAGAUGUACACUCCCUCCGCUAAGCCAACAUCUGCACAACUCUGUGUCCUUCAUAUUGGUGAAACAAACAAAACAAAAACUGAGAGCAGCGGUUAUUGAAGGCAUGCAUAGGUCUGCGCUUUCCAUCCACGGUAUCAUAGUGGUCACGUUUGAGUUGAAAAUAUUCUCAGUGUUUCCAUUUUCACAUGGUAGUACUGACCUGUUUUUAUCCGGUGGAGAAUGACUCGACUGAACUCUGUUUGGCCUAGCAGUGUGAAAAGGGUGAUCGUGUUAUUAUCAAAAAGAUAUGAUAAUGGAACCACUGCGAAUACUGUGGAUAGGCAGGGCCAGAUCAGAAAUGUGUUCAUGCUCAUCCAGUCAGGUGAUCAUCAGGGAUGAGUCAGAGCAUUAUUGAUUUAUGAUAAAUUUCUUCAUCAGUUCUAUGCCUUAAUUCUGCACCCCUCAUCUAUUUAUUAUUUAGCAAGGAUUCAUCACUUGAUUGCCAUUUUUAGUGCUACAUUUGACUUUGUACAUCAUACCUCUGUGAUUUAUCUGUUGGAUAAUUUAUAACAUGUUGCAAAUGUUAGUUUCAAAUGACACUGUAUGAUCAGUGCUACCCUUCUGUAGGUUAAAGUCUUAGUUAGAUUUAGCUUUAGAGGUUCAUGUACAAACUACACAGAGCUUAUAUUAAUUAUAUUAACACUGAGUAAGAAUGCUUCACAUUCUGUAUGUGGCCUUUUAUAAUGCAAAUAUUUGUUUAUGCUGUAUGCUUGAAUACCAAUGUGUAUGAGUGCUUGUCGUUUCCAAUGCUUGUGUGUUUUACACCACUGUACAGCUUUAGUUGGAGUGUAUGGAUGAAACAAAGCAAAUGAAGUAUGUUUUAGCCCACUGAGAGUCGAGUAAAAACAAUUACUGGCUUUUUACCUAUUUUCUGAAUUCAUGUCAUAGAAGGUGUAUGCACAUGCAAAGGAUUCUUUAUGUUAUUUUCCUUCUCAAUAAGACUGAACUUGCCCUCAGCAGCUUUUUUUUUUUUGUAUCAUUCCGUAGUUAAUUCACUCCACAUUAUUUUACUCAUGUUUCUUGGCCAGCGUUAAGCCACCGUGUCUGUUCAUUCUAAAUGCAGAUGGAGGAAGGGUGUAAUAGGUCGACAGGAAAGGUGAAAUCCACUACUUCUACAAUGAAUAAUAAUGUAUCAAAGUGACACUGAUCCAUGCUGCGAAAUUCUCUUUUCUUGAACCCCUGUCAGGGAGAUCAAAGUACAGGGCGAGCUAGAAGGGUAUCUUUAGAGUUUGUAGGGAUUCGGUAUCUUGCUAAUGGACAUUUCAGAAGGGCAGGUGCUCGAGGACAUGGGGCAUAAAAAUCUCAUGAACAUGAGACUUCCAGUUGGUUUGUCAAACCACCAGGCCACACAUACUGCUUUCCUCUAUUGUUCCAGCAGCACAGUCCAGUCUUCUACUUUUUAAAGUUGGAAAAAUUGCAACUGCGUUUUGGCAUCCUAGCAAACACACUGUUUACCAACUUAAUAACGCCUCAUGCACAGACAAAAAACAGCAACGUCAGUUUUAAAGGAAUCAGAGGAAAUGCCAUCACUUAACCAGUCAAAGUUGUUGAGGACUUAACAUCCAACCAACAUGUUCACAAAUCCUGUAUGAUAACUGAGAAAAGCUUCAUGAUCCUUUACUUUCUCUGUGAGCUACAGUUACGCAUGCACAGCCCAACCCAGCCCUGCUGAAAACAGAGACUUUUAUACUUGAAUCAUCAUCAUCAUCCAUAACAACUUCAGCUGUUGGGUAUAAGUGGGCCUGCGGGUGCUUCACAAAGCUAUGACCAGGGUUAGGAAAGAAAAAAAAAUAGUUGUGAGGAUAUAUAUAUAUAUAUAUUUUAGUAUUAUUUCAGUAUUAAUGAUGUUAUAGCCCACAUAGUUAAAUGCUUACCCAUGUCCAUCUUUCUAAUUCUCUCAUAUGUCACUGUACUUACACUGAAGUCUGACAUGUCUCUGUCCUUUUGACGUUUGUAUUUCAUCAGCUUGAAUACUUUUCUUUGUUCUGUCUUCACUUGUGUACUUCCUUGUUCCAUUUGUCCGCGUCUUUUUCUCAACUCUUAACUUCCUGGUGUAUUCUGAAGUCUUUGUACUCUUGUCUUUUUCCUCCUCCUCCUCCUCCCCCCUAAAGAAUUCCUUUUACUUUGAUUUUAAAAUGACAAAGUCCUCAAUUUUCCUGUCAUGUGUGUCCAUGUUGUAAAUAGAACAAUGUAAACAAAAUACUAAUGCUGAAUAAAAAUGACAUAUUUUGUUUGCA